CAUUUUUUUCAACAUGUUGAAGUUAUUUUGUAUCCAUGUCACUCAAGCGGGUAUUGUAUCGCAACGAUUGUAUCACUAGGCCAAAAAUCAAGCUAACGCCGUGAUGUUCUGGCGCCGCAGUCGCGCGAAAGAGGCGCAGGAGGAUGAAACAGACGAUCUGGCGAAGCUGCAGAAGCAGUUUGGCAUCAAACCAGUGAAUGACGCGGAUGUGCAGGCGGAGUUCCAGGCGCUAUUGGCGGCUACGGGCGCCACCGGUACGAGUCCGACGGAGGAAAGUAUUCUAUUCGGGGCUGGAGGUGACGAUGAGGAUGACGACGAAGCCAAGAUCUUGAGAGACUUGCAGCUGGAUGGAAUCAACCUGAGUGGCGAUGAGGGCGAGAAUGAUGCUCAUCGAGCAGCGAAGAACGAGCUGCGUGGGGUGCUGGACGGGGUCCAUCAGACAGCGAGGGAGAAUCACAAUAGGGAGACAGCCGAGAUAAGCGGAAAGACGCCCGCUAAAGGACCUAGUAAAGGUGAGAAUGCAGCGGCAUUGAAGCCGCAGAGAGCUGCGCUGGUACACGCUUUAAAGAUGGAGGCACUGGCGCUCAAAAGAGAGGGGAGGAUUCAAGAGGCGCUAGCAAAAUUUCGAGAGGCCAAGCAGCUCCAGGAACAGUUUUCUUCAGCACAGGAGAAUGCGAGUAAAACUUCGAGUGACGUAGCUCGAACUGUACAGAAUGAGAGAACGGAAACAAAUGUACGAGCGCCGAUGGAUACUAUCCUAGAUGAUGGCGACCAUGAUGUCGAAGUUACCGACGAGGACAUGCAGGAUCCCGAGUUUCUUGCACAGUUAGCGAAAAUGGGUCUGACAGAGAAUGAUGGAGAUUCUGGUGCUACGGCAUCCGCCCAGUAUCAUGAUGUUAUGCAGCAGUUAUCAGCAAUAGAAGCGCAAAUACAGGAAUGUAAACUACAAGCUGUGCAACUCAAAAGACAGAAUCAGAUUGCUGACGCACUAGCCUGCAUGCGGAAGAUUAAGGAGCUUGAAGCGAAACGAGAUGAACUGCGAUCGUCACCAGCGGUAGCUAACCAGACGUCAGUAGUUCAGCAGUCUACAGCUCCAGCAGUCGCUGAGUCUGUCUAUCAUUCUGUUGCAGUGAGCAGCACUACGUCGGUACGUCUGAACGCGAGUGCAUUUCCCCUCGACGAGAGCCAAGCUGACAGCGACAACGACAGCAUUUCGGACGUCGAAGUAACUGCUGAAGACAUGAACGAUCCAGCUUUUGCGGCAGAAUUACAGAAGCUAGGUGGUGAUGACUCUAUCUCGAUUGCACCAACACCUCAAGAUACCUCGAUAGCCAUUACAACCGCUGUAGCUGCUUCACUGCAUGUUGCGUCCAAACCAACUCCACCGAGCUCACGGUUGCUGAAAGCUGCCCCAUCGAUUGACGAAGAUUACCUUAUCGACGCGUUCGAUGAUAAGUCCGAUUCCGAGGGGGAGACGAAUCAUCUUACGACCGUGAUGUCGAGUGGGUCACUGCAUUCAGUUUCUUCUGUACCAGAGGUGGGAAAAGCUGCAGUACCUGUUGAGUACGGGAAUGCUAAGGCUGAGGGGGGAGAUACCCAUAUUGCUGAUCUCGCUGCAGAGCUACAGAAAGCAAAACAGAGCGCGCUAUCUCUGAAGCGAAAAGGUGACAUUCAAGGUGCGCUCGAAUCGAUGCGACGAGCGAAACAGAUUCAAAACCUCAUUGACCUAAAGCAACACGCCAGCGAAAACCCUGCAGCCACUUUGGGCUCAGCACAGAACUCCGCAACCACUGCCAAAUUUCAGGAGCUCGAGCAGUUGCUGGUUGAUUUCGGUAACCGAGCGAUGACACUAGCAAAGGAAAAUCUGUCGAUUAAUCGGGAAAAGGCAUCGGAGUGGUUGGCUAAGCGAAAGCAUUAUGGUGCCGAGCUGGAAAAACUACGACAAAGCAGGCAAAACCCGCUGCAGUUGCCGCCUCGCUACGAAAUCGUAAAAACCUCUCGUCAAGUGGAAUAUGAGCUGCCGUUCAUUGCAGAUGACCUGGUUAAGGUCUCCGUUAAAAGUGUAAGUGGGUUGUCCCAGGUGGCGGGUAAAUCUGUGUUUGUCAAAUUCUGCCUCAAUUUCCCAUCCACGACACCGCAUGAGGGACAGACUGCGGAAUUCCAGAUCAACCCAAACGCUCCAUUUGCAACGAAGAUCUCUUCUGGCCAGACAGAAUUUGUGUUCAAGCUGGCAAGAUCACGUGGAACUAUGCGUCUUUUUGAGAUAAAGAAGGCCGUUUUCGAAGUUUGGAAGUCGGGAACGUUGUUCCGCAACCCCGAACUUGUUGCCCGAACAUAUCAAGAAUUGGUAAGGGUUGCUUGCGAUCAAUACUGAAUGUCAUUCCCUAACGCGUCUUUCGUAUUUCCCACCAUAGACACCUCUACUGACGUGUUGUGAAAUAAACACUCAGCUUCCUUUCCUCGGAUCAAACCGAAAGCCCUGUGGAGGAGAUAUCGAGGUUGCUAUUCAAAUGCGUCGUCUGCUCAAGGAGAAAGAGUUUCGCCAGGAGGCUGUCGAGGAUCUGGUCAUCGGCGACUAUCCCGAGCCGAUGGUCUCUACUUCGGAGCAUCUUACCAUGCCAAGUGUGACAUUAGAGCCAUCCCCAACCGAAGCCAACAGCCUAUCCAGCAAAAAUGCGGCACCAAAUUCCGACAGUUCUCGUUCAAUGAUGAAAGAGGACCAACCAGCUUCUACCACUGCUGAGCUGGACGAUCCGCACCAUCUUGAUCUGAUUGUGAGCUACGAUGUUAUCAACGAAGAGGUAAGGGAUGCUACAGAUAUUCGUCGUACAGUUUCUGACAUAUUUUAUCAUGGCAGCUCGAGAAGGUGGGGACAAAACUACCAUCCUUAACAGGACCGGCUACGAUUGAGCUGAACGACCGAUACGAUUCUCUCGCGUUAAAGAAACAGUUGCUGGAGAUCGAGAUGCAGACGGGCAAAUUGACAUUGGAAAUGUAUGUCGAGCGUCUGCACAAACGCAUUGCUGAAGACCGUAUUCUGAUGUCAAAGCUGCUCUCAUCGAAUCGUCGGUUGGACGCUGCACGCGUUCUUCACCGUAUCAAGAUCAUGGAAAAGGAACUCGUGGGUGCCGAUGGUGACUCAGCAGAAUCAUGAUUGUUUACAAAUUCAGUAGCUUUGUUGCAAGUGGUUAUGCUUAUCUUUCCUCAUGUUCGCCGCUCUUCUCAUGAAAUGCUUCUAGUGCUAAUAGGAGUUUCUGGUAAGCUACAAGUUCUCCAUGUUCUUUUGUGCUUGGUGAGGCAACACCUGGAUAGUAUAGUUGCAAACUUGUGAAGGCAUCUGCUGACAAUGACAGUCCAAUUUGGUCG